GCUCGUGCACGGAGCGCGUAUGUACGCCCAUUGCCAAGCUGAAAACUUUUGCUAGGUCUACAAGCGCACACAUACGCUGACGAUCCAUAACUUUACUGAGUGGCUGUAAUCAUUGCUAGCUCCCCAUUUAUUUGGUUUUUCUAACAUUUCGAAAUGGCUCAGUCAACAGAAAAACCGAUCAAACAAGAGUACACAGGUACCGACUUUGAGGUACGCUGCUGCGAUACCAAUGAACUCCGUAACAAGCUGGAGACCACGCUGUACGACAUGGCGGCCAAGAACGGUUGGCCAGCCGGUUAUGGGCACGUCACGUUUUCUUCCUUGAUUGAUCCAGAAGGAAAUUACGUCGGUCUCCUGAACGGCGAAAUCGUCAGCAUGAUUUCUGCCGUCAACCACAACGACAAAUUCGCGUUCAUUGGGACUUUCAUGACCUUUGAUGAACAUCAGGGCAAGGGCUUCGGCACCAAAGUCUUCAACGCCAGCAUCGCGCACUGCGGAGAUCGGGUCAUCGGUCUAUACGCCGCCCCGCAUAUGACGGAAUGGUACAAACGACAAGGUUUCGCGCAAACCGGGACGGCAUCCAUCUACCGGAAGCAAAAUCCCGAAAAACUGCCGCUGCCCGAAGGUUACAAUCCGGCGUACAUUAUUCCGCUGAAAGAUGUGGAUUUCAAGGAGGUAUUGAAUUUUGAUCGGCGAUAUUUCCCGGCAGACCGCGAGAAAUUCCUCCACGCUUGGUUGACACAUCCAAAGGUUACGUCCGCGUUGGUGUACGUGAAGGAUGGGGUGAUUCACGGGUAUGGAGCGCUGCGCAAAUGCAUCGGGGAUAAAUGGUGUAAGUUUGGACCGCUGUUUGCCGAUAGCCUGAAUGUGGCCGAACAAUUGGCGGUGGCUAUGAUCAAUGCAUUACCGGAAGGGAUUGAGUACGUGCAGUUCGACUGCUUGGAUGAUAAUCCGUCCGUUAAGGCUUUGGCUGAGAAACUAAACUUCCCGGUGACACCGUACGGCGGAGCGGUUCUGUAUAAGAACGGCGUUCCGGAAUUUGAUGUUAGCGGUGUCUACGCAUAUACUUCCGGCGCCUUUGGCUAAAUAGCUUAAUUCCACAGACAAUAUGAAUUUAAAUCGGUUUUAUGUUAACUGUUCAAACGCCUCCAUUCGUUUCACUACGAGUCUUCGCGUCGUAAAUAAACUGUCGUACAAAGACGUGUUAACAGUCUUCUCCAGAAAAAAGAUUCUGGGCAUAGACUUGCUUGGUCAAGUUGUGAGUUGAAAUUGUGAGCAGUUAUUUCAGUAGUGUCCAUCUACCGAACGACACCGUCUAACUUUGUCACUUUACUUCGUAACUGCAACAAAAUAACACUUGC